UACGGCUCUGUAUUGGUGUUAAAUGAUGCUUGAAGUCAUCCCUCUCAAUAAAGGCAAGGUCCUCUUUCUUUGUGACUCCAACCACUGAUGACAGGUGUUCAACGAUUACCAUCAACCUCUCAUAGUCCAAUUCAGGUAGUAGACUCCAAGAUCAAAUAACAGAACUGAGUGAUGUACCAAAACAACAAAGUGCACCUGUUUCUCAUCAAUGAACGGGCACAUGGAAUGGAAGAUCCAGGAGAUCGGCUGCUUCCUCUGGACCUACUCUCAUCACCACCAGAAUCACUGGAGCCGCACAGAACUCUCUCCGCCAGCAGACCACCAGCCUCACUCCAUUCCAAUGCGUACUCUUCUUCCAAUCUCCACUAUUCCCCUGGUCAGCAGAACCUUCCUGAUUCCCGGCGGUAGGUCAUUGGUCCAAGAUGAGUGUGAGGGUCUGGAAUGUGGCACAUGUCCACCUGCAGCAGGCCGUAAUAGGAAAAAGAGCCAGGCUGACUCUCAGAUCAUCCACCAUAUCAGCCCAUACAGAAGGACUGGCUCUCUACUAGGGACAUCAGGCUUCGUCUUCCAUGUAGAAAGCUAAGUCCUCCAUUUUAUUGGCCCUUUUCCUAUUUUAGAACAAGUUAAUCCUGUCACAUAUCGUCUCCAGUUACCAUUGCACUGCAGAAUUGCACCUAUCUUUCACGUAUCUUUACUAAAACCCUACCAUCCUCCACUGUUUCCCUCUCACACAGAGCCCUCAUCACAGAGGUGAUGAAGCCCCUCUGCCACCCCUGGAGGAUGAUCUGGUGUAUUCCGUGUGGGGAAUCCUGGACUCCCGGGGCCAGAUGGGUCGUCUUGAGUACCUGGUCGACUGGGAGGGGUACAGCCCAGAAGAAAGGUCUUGGGUGGCUUGAGAUGACAUCCUGGACCCUCGCUGCUUUCCACCUUCCAUGUGGAUCACCCAGACCACCCAGCUCUGCAUCCACGGCGUUGGGGGCAUUGCUCCUCAGAAGUGGCCCGUGCUGGAGAACUAUAUUCAGGAGAAUGUGCAAUCAGAGAUGGAACGCAGUGUCAUUCACACCCAGACCGCCACUAUGCUGGAGAUAGGAACCAAUCUUCUAAGCCAAUCAGCAGAGAACACACGCAAACUGUCAGAUGUGGAGACACAGGUGCUGAACCAAACCAGUCGCCUGGAGGUCCAGCUGUUGGAACAUUCUCUCACCGCUAACCGGCUGGAGAAGCAGCUCUUAGAACAGACCCAGGAGGUCUCCCACCUCAAUGACAAAAACAGCUACUUGGAACAGCGCUUUGCUGCCAUGGAGGCCAGACACAGCAGAGAGCUGCAGGCCAUCCAACAGGAGAAACAGCAGCUGCUGGAACUACUUGAAAGACAGAGUAACCUGGUCAAUGUGCUGGAGGGAGAUCUGGCCAGCUCCACACGUAACAGCAACCUGCUCCAACACCAGCACGCCACACUCACAGAUACAGUGCAGCAGCUAUUGGCUAUGGUCAGUCACAGUAAUGAUAUUUCUGCUCCUCUUGAGAAGGAGAUGGUGAAGUUCAGAGACUGUGCUGAGAUAUUCAAAUCUGGAGUUACAGAAAGUGGCGUAUAUUACAUUCAUUUUCCUAACUCUACACAAAAAACUAAGGUAUUCUGUGACAUGAAAACAAGAGGAGGAGGCUGGACCGUCUUUCAGCACCGCAAUGACGGAUCAGUAGAUUUUCAUCGUGGCUGGAGGGAUUACAAACUGGGAUUUGGAGAUCCAUCAGUAGAGUACUGGUUAGGAAAUGAUGUUAUCCACCUGCUUACCACAUCUAAAAACUACACUCUCCAGAUCCAUCUCAAAGAUGCAGAGGGACACCAGGCUUAUUCUCAAUAUGACCACUUCUUCAUUGAUGGAGAGGAUAAGAAGUACAGUAUCCAUGCAAGAGGCUUUAGAGGUACAGCAGGACGCACCAGUAGUCUCACCCACACAGGCACCAUGUUUAGCACUAAGGAUCAAGACAAUGACCAGUGCAGCUGCAAGUGUGCUCAGAUGGCCACUGGAGGGUGGUGGUUUGAAGCUUGCGGGCCAUCAAAUCUCAAUGGGGUAUACUAUUCUGGAAACUCCAAUGUGGUACGCUAUAAUAGUAUAAAGUGGUACUACUGGAAAGGACAAAGCUGGAAGGCAUCCAUGACAACUAUGAUGGUACGACCUGUGGACUUCUAAAAGAAGAAACAGAUUGUCAAAAAGUUUUUAUUUUACUUCACUGACAGCCAAAUCAUACAAACAAGCUGGUGACUUCAAUGAAAAUCAUGGACAGAUUGAGCAUUGGACAGCUUGUACCCAUGCUAUUGUAGCCAUUCAAUCUGUCUCCAUUUUUUUUGUAUAGUCUGGUAAAAUUGCACCAGAAAUGUUUUAUCUCCCUGUAUAGUAAAAGUCCUUGCUAUGUAAAAUGCAAUGAACUGGAAUGGUUGAUCAGUGCUCACAUUCAUACAUGAUGGUGAGUUAUGCUUUGAGCCUGAUGUCUGUGUGAUAAAACAGUAAACUAUCAUCCUUCCCCAUCCAGUCCCAUCCAAGCUUCAGUCCUCCCAAGAGUUCUUCUCCCAUUCCAAAGUGCUUGUAAAGGGUUUAAAAGGGAAUACCUCUAUAAACUUGAACAAGAUAUAGAAACGGUUUUAUGUUUUAUAAGCAGACCUUUGAUUAUAAAAUAUAUAUUUCUAAUAAAAACCAGA